UUUUAUUUCCAUUUUCAUUAAACGACCAAUUCCAUUAGUCUAAGUACCAAGUAUUUGCGUUUUAUUUGGAACAUUUGGUCAGCAGUGUAAUUAUGGGAAUCAAUCAAACAGGUGAUCGAAUAAGCUACUGAAGCAAUUCAUUUCCGAUUAUCUCUGAGGAACUAACGCUGCCGAAAUGUCACACGAUGCCAACCGAUGUUCCCAUAGAGAGGUGUUAGCUCCCGAAGGUGUUAGAUAAACCAAUGUUUAAAAGCACAAACAUUACACCAGACUGUGAAUUUCGCUACCAAAUAAUCUCCAUUAUUGGAGGAAACCUGACAAACUACUGUUUUCGCUUUGCGCCUUUGCAUAAUUUAUUGGUACCUUCAUUAAUGACGCUCAUUUAACAUUAGAUUAAUCAUCUUCCGAGAAAAUUAUGAGAAGACGAAUAUAUGUAUUACAUUGAAUAGCGUUUAACUCAAUAAUGGAUAUCAAUCUCAAUAUGCCGCAGACACCAGUCUUACUAAGAAAAACCAGUUUACACCAGCAAAGCGUCGCAUUCAUUAUGCAACCGUCGUGUUGAGCAUCAGGUAGCAUACGAACCGGUUAGAUUGAACGGAUCGAAACUUAAUAGUGUCUCAAGCUGCACCGUAUAGUUUCGCAUCUUCGAAAAUAAACAAAACGAUCAGUUUCUGUAUCACAAGUAUGUUCCAUGUAUUAAUGCCACAAUGGUUGCUAGCACAAGCCACUUUCCUAUUAGCGCCAUGGAGCGAAUGGCUACUAGAUGAGCUGAAGUUUAUCUAACGGAACCGAACGCCCGACGUAUGUGCAUCUCGGCGCUGUGUGCGUGUUGUGUAUGCUGCAUAAUCAAUCGGUCAAGGUCAACUUGAUCGAGAUGAUCACAACCACCACGUUGGCUACUUUCCAGCAAGAAAGUGGUCGCCAACACACAAACAAUGAACGCACGCAGCAUAGCCGCGAUCGCUGUAUCCAGCGAGGCGUUGUCUCUUGUUAGUCGUUGGUGCGAUGGGCAAGUGGAUAAACGUGUGCCAGUAUCUGGUCGCUCUUUCUCGUCUAGUGGUCGCUACGAUCAUUUUUCUCGUUCAGCACCGUUUGCUGCGGUACUGGCCCCCUCGGGAACGACCCCUGGUGACCGUUAGCCAGGGGAAGGUACGCGGGAUAAGCUCAACUCUGCCGAAUGGCAAACCAUAUCACUACUUCAAAGGCAUUCCGUACGCCAAGGCACCCGUUGGCGAGCUGCGCUUUCGUGCUCCAGUUCCGCUCGACCGCUUUCGUGUCCCGAUCGUCGACUGCUGCGUGGAACGUGCUGACUAUGUGCAACUAGAUUUCUUCUCCGGGUUUGUGUUUGGUUCUGAAAGUGCUCUCUAUCUGAACGUGUACACCCCAGUGCAGCAGCUUCCAGUGAAACCUAAUGGCUCCAGAUUACCUGUGAUGGUGUUCCAGCAUGGCGGAGGGUUCGCAUGCGGAACGGGCAGCAGCUUUUUUUAUGCGCCCGAUUCUUUUCUGCAAAAAGACGUAAUCGUCGUGACGGUUUACUACCGGUUAGGACCGCUUGGCUUCCUUUAUCUACCGGAAGCAGGCAUCGAAGGCAAUGCUGGGCUAAAGGAUCAGUUGAUGGCGCUACGUUGGGUCAAUGAAAACAUUGCCCAGUUCGGGGGUGAUCCGCAGUGUGUAACGCUCUUCGGAGAAAGCGCCGGCAGUUUUUCUUCAUACCUACACAUGCUUUCACCAAACUCACGCAAGUAUUUCCAUCGCGUCAUCUGCCAGAGUGGUGUCGCUUGUUCCAGCUCUUUUAUGCAGACGGAUGGUGUUAAGAUGGCUUUCAAUUUGGCGCGCUACUUUGGCUACAAAGGAUCGAGCCAGAAGGGAGCACUCGAAACGUUGCUUAAGGUUCCCGCUGAACAACUCGUCAAACAUCAACGAAAGGCUCUCGGUGUGGCAGCAAAAAACAGCGAUCUCGUGUUUGUAUUCCUUCCGGUGGUGGAACAAACGCUCACCAAUGACAGCAUCAUCACACAGGAACCCGAACAGAUUUUGAAAACGUACGACACGCUGCAGAUACCGCUGUUGGAAGGAUGCAACGAUGGUGAGGGUAUUCUUGGACUCUUCAUCAUCCGGAACCAGUUGGAUGGAAUCGCUCAACUUCCAUACCGUUUGGCAUCGAAGAUGUUUCGUGCUCUUCCAAAGGAUGAAAUUUCGCGAAUCAGUGAACGGAUCAAGCGAUUCUACUUUGGUGAUCAACCGGUCGAUCGUUGGGACCGAGAGCAGCUGAAACAUCUUCUCUCGGAUAUGAUUUUCAUGACUGAUUCCUGGCUCAACGCUGAAUGGGUGGCACGAUAUCAACCCCAUUUGCGCCACUAUCACUAUCGUUUCACCUACGACGGACGGUUCAGUUUACUCAAACGAUUGUUCCUGAAUGCAAGCACGCCCGGUGCCUGUCAUGGUGACGAGUUGAUGUACAUGUUCUGUCCACGGGCUCUUCCCAAACUCCCACCAUCCAGUGAGGAGAAUCGCGUUCGCGAAAACAUCAUCGCAUUGUGGACUAGCUUCGCUAAGCACGGCGAUCCAUCUGUGGAAUCACGCGAUAUUGUUGACGUCCGAUGGGAGCCUGUACCAAAAAUUGAUCGUGAAGCAACCGAGUUCCGACUCAAUUGCCUGGAGAUUAACUUGCAUCCGACGAUGGUCUCAGAUCCAUGUGUGGAGCGAACGAACUUUUGGCGAUCUUUAUGCGAGACUAGUUCAAAGUGA